UCACAAGCCUACGACGAACGCUGUGGAGAACAAUGCCUGAUUUUUUUGUCAGCCUGAAAAGCAGCGAGGAAAAACUUGAAUUUCGUCUGUAAAACAUAUCUAAUCGGAACCAAGCCACUGAAAAAGUCGUAGUUUAGGCUAAAUAAACGAGAAAUCAACGAGUGAAACUAAUUUCUAUCUGUGGACAGAACGCCCCCGCACCUAUUUUUGUGCUGAGGAACAAGCGAAGCAGCGACGCACAAUUCAGAAAUUUGCAAACCGGUUUUCGGCGCAGAAACACCCACUCGAUCGUCCAAGAGUCAAGCGGAGAACAGUGAAAACAUACAUUAUAAGGAUCAAUUUAUAAAAGCAAAGCCGCAACAAUCAUGAACACUGGAAUCUCCUUAAACGAGCGCUUUACGCAGAUGCAGUCAAAGCAGCCGCCACAGGGACGCGGUCGCAGCCGCUCCAGGAGCAGGAGUCGCCGCAUUGUGAGCAGCGGAGCCGGAAAUCAAGGAAUGUCCGCGGUCAACUCUAGGCUGCUGAAUGAAUUCAAGAGGCUCCACACCGUUCAGACGGCCCUCAAACUGAAGCGCGUACGUGUUUCCUAAAAACCGAAUAAUGCAACCAGGCAUCGGAAAGCGACCUGAUCCGUAGGACAGGUUUAUGUCUGACAGGCUUGGAUUACCCGGAGGAGAGGGGUCGGACUAUGCUGUCGAGAAAAGUGCGCCUUCUGCGUGGUACAUAAAAACCCUACAGACUCUCAGACUCUCUCUCUAUCCCUUGAUCUUGAACUCCAACACUGCAGCAGCGUACUGACACCAAAACUUCCACACAACCUUAUGCCUCCUUACAGAGAAGCUUACGGACCACCGCAGUCAGCGGUCGUGGACCACGCGUCGCCGGCGUCAAGUCGCUGCGACUGGCGCCCAACGGGAAGCCCAUACGGUCCAACAACGUGACCAGGGUAGCAACGUAAGCAUCUUGCCUAUAAUCGCGCUCAACUAUCAAUCCACUGCAACAUCUCUGUACUUCUUCGUUAAUCGCUCAGGAUGCGUGCCGAUCUAGUGGCAAGCGGCAAUGCCGCACGCAAUCGCCGCAGCGGCAGCAGCAUGCGCAAUGUCCCCGCCACUAACGGUGGUGGAGGCGGACUUCGGCAGCGGCUAGGACAGCGCCGCCCUUCUGUGGGCGGUGCCGCCGAGCGCGUUGAGCGUCGUCAGCGACAGCAGCAGCAAGCCCCACGAGGACGUUCCCGCUCUCAGUCCCGUUCGCGCCACCCGCAAAUACAGCGUGUGGACAGAGCACGUUCCCAAAGCCGUGGACGCAGCAUUGGGCGUUCCCAGAGCCGCAAUCGCGAUCGCUCCGCCCAGGGCCGAGUUCCAGUGAAACAGCGGCUUUCAGUCAAGCACCGCCUUGGCGUGCGAACCGGCCAGAGAAACAACCAGGCCAAGAUCCCACCGCAGCGCCGGGCACCAAGCCAAAUUCGAGGUGUGGCAGGCGGACGGGUCGAGAAGCGUCGUAGUGCUCAGAUUUCCCAAAAGAAGGGAGUUUCCGCCUCGAUUGCCGGACGUCAAGGACGACCACGUAGAAGAUCUGUUGCAAGAAACGCUGCUUCUAGCAGUGGGGCAGUUAACAAUUCUGCUUCUGCUCGUCGCUCACGCUCGCGCAAUCGUGCUGCCGCCGUCGCUGCUGCCGCUAUCGCCGCUACUGUUCAGGGCCGGGCUAAUCCUCGCCAGAGACGCGGACGCAGUGCAGGCGCUGCCAAGGGCAAGAUCAUCAGAAAUGGUAAAGCUGACAAAAACGCGAAGGUCAAGGCGACAAACGGUGUCAAAAGUGGCCCGCAGCAACAGGUUCGACGGGGACGCAGUCGUAGUCGUAAGCCUACAGGUAAAAGCGAGACAAGUGGCCAGGAGACAAACCGGACUGGAUCUGGAAAUAGGCACUUGAAACUCAAAAUUGACAUAUUUUUGUCUCUACUUUCUACUUACACUCUUGAUUAACAUGUUUUCUCUGUUUAAUAGGCAAACCACAGCGUCCAGAGGUUAAGCGCGAGGAUCUUGACAUGGAACUGGAUCAGUAUAUGUCCACCACUAAGUCGGAGAUGGACUACUUGCUGAAGUAAACACAAGUAGAUUGGACCACAAACUAUUGAAUUAAAAACAAUUGAAUGAACAGAAUGUAACAACCACCGGCUAUAGGCAGAUGUUUCUCUCGUUGCACUAAGUUACCGCCUAGUUUUAAAAUAUUUCUAAGUUUUAAACCAUGUUAAAAGCGUCCAAAAAGAGCGCUUAGGCAUAGAGAUGUUCUCGUGUAUAUAUGGCAAGUUCUAAUAUAAUAAGUAAAUAUGGUCGAGAAUUGUAUAGUUCAUGAAUGAUAUUGUUAAUCGCAAUUCCGAAAUACAAACUAUUCAUUGCUCAACUC